CAGAAAUCAACCCUGAAAUCAUACCAACUAUCAAGCCGGAACUUGACGAGUUUAUAGAAGGGGCAGUAAAUAUUACUAACACGUUAUCAUCUAUCAUCCCAAUAUUUGGUAUUGUUACCUCCUUAAUAAAUGAUAUAUUUACAAUCCACGAGAAUGCACGAUUCAAUAAAAAAAUAUCCAGAUCUAUAAUUAAUCGUAUUACAACCAUUGAACCGAUCAUAAAGUUUUUGAAAUCACCGUCGAAAUAUAACGAAAAAUUUCAAGACUCGCAAUAUCAAGAACCAUUUGUAAAAUUUCAAGCCAUUUUGAGGAGGGUUAAAAUUUUUGCAGAAACAGUAACACAAUUAAGAGUCUAUGAGACAUUUUGGCGCGCCACGGUCAUAAAGAAGGAGUUUAUCGAGUUAAUGAAAGAAUAUGACGCUUGUAUGACUGAUCUGAAUUUUACAAUGACUAUCGUUUUUAAUGAACAACGAAGAAUUGAUAACGAUAUUUUGAUGCACGCUAUUACUGGAAUGAUUAAGGGGGAUACGAAAGUAUCUCUUUAUCAAGAGAUAUGCAAUAUUAAAAACCAACUUGAAAAAUCAAAAGACUCGAUCCAACAACUCGAUCCAACUUUGUUAAAGGAUUCGUUACUUAACCGCACAUCAGAUUGUCGUGGUAAAUUAGGACAAAUCAUAAAAAAAGUCUAUAAGGGAUUCAUCGAAGUAGCGUGCAAAUCACGUGAUCUAGAGGAUCAAAGGUUUCACCAUGAGUUAUUAAUUUUAGGAAAACUGGAUGAAA